UCCUCUCCAAUAGCAUCACACCCCACCUUACACCCAUUUCCAUUAUCAUUUGAUUCAAUUCAUCUAAUCUUCCCCUUGCAAUCACCAUGGCUGAAGAGAAUCGCGACCGUGGCCUCUUCCACCACCAUAAGAAUGAGGAUAGGCCCACAGAUACUGAGACUGGCUACAACAAAACAUCAUACUCCACUGAUGAACCUUCUGGUGGUGACUAUGACUCUGGUUACAAAAAAUCCUCAUAUGAGACUUCUGGUGGUGGUUAUGAAACUGGUUACAACAAGACAUCAUCAUACUCUACUGAUGAGCCUAAUUCUGGUGGUGGCGGCUAUGACUCUGGAUACAACAAAACAGCUUACUCCACUGAUGAGCCUUCUGGUGGCGGUUAUGGCACUGGUGGCGCUGGUGGUGGAUACUCCACAGGUGGAGGCUAUGGCACUGGUGGUGGAGGUGGUGGCGAAUAUUCUACCGGUGGUGGUGGUGGAGGAUACUCCACUGGUGGUGGUGGCUAUGGCAAUGAUGAUUCUGGUAACCGACGUGAUGAGGUUGAUUAUAAGGAGGAGGAGAAGCACCACAAGAAGCUUGAGCACCUUGGUGAAUUAGGCACCACAGCUGCUGGUGCUUAUGCCUUGCAUGAGAAGCACAAGUCAGAGAAAGAUCCAGAGAACGCUCACAGGCACAAGUUAGAAGAGGAGGUUGCAGCAGCAGCUGCAGUGGGAGCUGGUGGAUUCGCCUUUCAUGAGCAUCAUGAGAAAAAGGAAGCCAAAGAGGAAGAAGAGGAAUCUCAUGGAAAGAAGCACCACCAUUUGUUUGGCCGAGACUGAUCGAUCGAGAGCGCGUGUAUGCAUAUAUAAUUAAGCACAUGCAGAAGCACGUACCAUCAUCAAUAAUUAUUCUACUUAGCUUCGUCUUCUAUUAUAUGCUUCUGGCUUAAUUAUCGAUCUGUCUUAUCUUUAUUCAUCUUUCAGUUUUAUUACUUUGAGUGGUGUGGAGAAUGUUUAUUUCCUUGAUGUUGCUUCAUGUGUAUACGUACAUGUAAGAAUGUAAUAAGUUGGGUUUAUAUAUUGUCGACUUUUCACUUUUCA